GCCAUGGCCGGGGCGGGAGGGCGCUGCCUGCUCUCCGUCUCCGCCCUCGGGGAGGGGGAGCGCGGUGCCGGGGCGAGCAGCGGGUGAUGGGGAAGAGGCGAGCGCAGUGCUGAGGUCCUCCGGGGCCGGAUGAGCCGAGGCUUGGCGCCGCGGCGGUGGCGGGGCUGGAGGAGGGGGCGAAGGAGGCUGUAGGGGCGGCCCCGCUCCGGCUGCCCUGAGGGGAAGGAGCCCCCGACCAUGGAAAUCGAGAACAUCGUGGCCAACACGGUGCUGCUGAAAGCCCGGGAGGGCAAACGGAGUGGGCGUAGUAAGAAAUGGAAAGAGAUGCUGAAGUUGCCCCCUGUCAGUCACUGUGAGGGUAUUCGGUGCUCCAUCGAAAGAGACUAUAACCAGCUUUGUGACAAACAGCCAAUAGGAAGACUUCUCUUCAGACAGUUCUGUGAUUCUAGACCAGAUUUGAAAAGAUGCAUUGAAUUUCUGGAUGCAGUGGCAGAAUAUGAGGUAUCUUCAGACGAAAAGCGCAUUGACUGUGGCCUCAAAGUUUUAGAGACAUACUUCACUAAUGGGUCUGCAGCACACUUGCCAGAAAUACCUCAGGAAACAGUAAAUGAAUGUAAGGCAAGACUGGAAAAGAACCCUUCUAAGGAUCUUUUCAUGGACUGUACUAGAAUUGUCCAUGAAUACCUAAGCAAAAGACCUUUUGAAGCUUACCAGGAGAGUGUGUAUUUUUCCCGUUUCUUACAGUGGAAAUGGCUGGAAAAGCAGCCAGUAACCAAACACACGUUUAGGCAUUACCGAGUACUAGGCAAAGGUGGAUUUGGAGAGGUGUGUGCCUGUCAAGUACGGGCAACAGGAAAAAUGUAUGCUUGCAAAAAGCUAGAAAAAAAGAGAAUAAAGAAGAGGAAAGGAGAAUCAAUGGCUCUAAAUGAAAAAAGGAUUCUAGAAAAAGUGAAUAGUAGGUUUGUAGUUAGUUUAUCCUAUACAUACGAGACGAAAGAUGCCCUGUGUUUAGUAUUAACCAUAAUGAAUGGAGGGGACCUGAAGUUUCACAUAUACAACAUGGGAAAUCCUGGCUUUGAUGAAGAAAGGGCUAUUUUCUAUGCUGCAGAACUGUGCUGUGGUCUGGAGGAUUUGCAAAGGGAGAGAAUUGUUUACAGAGACUUGAAGCCUGAGAAUAUACUUCUUGAUGACUGUGGACAUAUCAGGAUUUCAGAUCUUGGAUUAGCUGUGCAGAUUCCCGAAGGUGAAACUGUCCGAGGACGUGUUGGGACUGUUGGUUACAUGGCUCCAGAAGUGCUCAAAAAUGAGAAGUAUACAUUCAGUCCAGAUUGGUGGGGUCUUGGCUGUUUGAUUUAUGAAAUGAUUGAAGGACAGUCUCCAUUCAGGAAGCAUAAGGAAAGAGUUAAACGGGAUGAGAUUGACCGGAGAGUAAAGGAAGACCAGGAAACAUACUCAGACAAGUUUUCAGAGGAGGCAAAAUCCAUCUGCAGGAUGUUACUUGCUAAAAAUCCAGGGGAACGACUGGGUUGCACUGAAGGAGGAGCUGCUGUUGUAAAGCAACAUCCUAUUUUCAAGAACAUCAACUUCAAGAGGCUGGAAGCUAACAUGUUAGAACCUCCAUUCUUGCCAGAUCCACGUGCCGUUUAUUGUAAAGACGUCCUGGACAUUGAGCAGUUCUCAACAGUAAAAGGAGUGAACCUGGAUACCACAGAUGAUGACUUCUAUUCCAAAUUUGUGACGGGUUGUGUCUCAAUCCCUUGGCAAAAUGAGAUGAUUGAAACAGGAUGCUUUGAAGAUAUCAAUGCAUAUGAAACUGAUGGUACUGUGUCACCAGACAGAGAGAAGUCUCCUAAGCCAAAGAGAGGCUUCUUUCACAGACUUUUUAGUGGAGAGGUCUGCUUUAAGUCUGAUUGCAGUGAUGAUGAGCAGGAGUCCUCCAGACUUUAAAUCAUGUUAUCCUCAUCAGAAAGGAUGAGCAAACAUUAAAUGUUUUAUAUCUCUGUAGCAAAUUGUAUUAUAUAUAUUUUUUAUCUGAGUUCAAGGAUUUUUGUACAUUUGUACUUCAUUUGUUUUAAGAUGUAUAUUUUCACUAAAGCUUAAUUGUACAAAAAGCAAUGAGUGCCAUUUGAGUGAGUGUGUUUCUGUAUGUAUUUGAUUUAUCUUGAUUAUUUUUUCCCAGUGGAAUGAAUCUAGAAAUACUAAAAGGAUUUUAAAGCACAGAGAUAGUAUCUAUGGCAUCACUGUAACUUGACUUUAUAUGCUCCUGUUAAAACUCUUCUUCAUCAUUAGGAUCUUUAUUAGCAGUUUUCUUAACAGUAAAAUUGAUGUACUGAUAAAUUUAAUAAUUCUGGUAUUAUCCAGCAGCAUGGCAGUGCUAUUACCUAAUGUAUCUCUCAAGCAACUGCUAAGAGAAAAAAAGGAAUUCAGUGCACUGUGGCCAGCUAUUAGGAAUUGCUCUUUAUUAUCAGGCUCUGUAGAAUCUCUUUCUGUAUUUCUGUAUAAAGAGAACUUUGGACAUUUAGCUUAAUCCUCAAGCUGAAGUAUCCCAUUCUUGUCUUUCCUACCCAUCUUACACAUCCUCUCCACAGAGUUUCUUGGCAUGAACCAUGCAAGUCGACCUAUGCCAAAAUUUUAUAACUAUAUUUAAAAAACUUUGUUGUCUUUACUGAAAGGAUUUCUUUUUACCUGCGGAGACACAGAUUUAUUUUAUUUUCUGUAAAUGGAAUUGUUUUUAACUCCAUGUAGGAUGUUACAGUUUUAUAAUGGGUUAAAAAACAAAGCAUGGGCUCUUCUUACUAAUGUCCUCUCUGCUUAUGUUGUAAUAUGCAAUGUUCUAGGGUUGACAGUGAUCACUGCCACUGGGGGAAGGGCAAGGUAGCAUUAAGUAUUGAAUUUAAUUAUGUAAGUAUUUUUUUAUAGCCUUUUAAAACAGAAACAUUAAAAUAUGUCUUUAACGAUUGCUUAAUACAGAUGUGGAACUGGUAUUGAAGUUUGUUAUGAUUACCUGAUGUCCAUUAGUAAAACUGACAAAAGCUGCUUGAAAACUAGGCAAACUUCCAUUCUUCUGGACUCACUGUAGGUCAGACCCUUUAUUUUGUAAAUUUCUAGUAAAACUAUUCAUCUGGGUAUGAGAUGAAUUUAAAG